AAUACUCGCGUGUAACGUAACCAAAAGAAAAACAUGGCGUCAAAACACCGGCUCGCUGUUAUUUCAGGGCAUUUACUUGGUUCAAAAUCACAAAAUGUAGACACAAGUAAUGGCGAUCGCUCACAGGGAGUUCAACUUCUGGCAUGUGCCGCCAGUGACAACAAAGUGACUGUCGGAGAAGAGGCACCAACCAUCCCCAAGCGCAGACAGGAAGUGUUGAAAUGGAAUGGCUGGGGUUACAAAGAUUCCAAGUUUCUUAUCAACAAAGAUGGCCAUGUACAGUUCUCAGGGGAGAGGUACCAGCUGAGUGGCAGCACUAUGCCUGCUCUCAGGGACUGGAUGAAGGCUACUGUUGGCAUCAGUCUGGAGCAUAAGUCCCCAGCUCAGCCUGAAAUGAGUGCAGCUGACAUCCCAACACCAAUCAAGAAUGAAAACUAUCUGUCUGAGCUCAAGAGAUGCAGCAUCCAGUUCUCUGAUGAUUGUCAGGACAGGCUGUUCAGAGCACAUGGACACACUCUGCAUGAGAUGUUCGUACUCAGAGAGGGAAAGUUCAAGAGAAUACCUGACAUUGUGGUGUGGCCAUCUUGCCAUGCCGAUGUUGUGAAGAUUGUCAACCUUGCAUGUCAACACAAUGUUGUCAUCAUACCAUUUGGAGGAGGUACGAGUGUGUCGGGAGCUUUGGAAUGUCCAGAAGAUGAACAAAGAAUGAUUGUCUCACUUGACACAUCACAAAUGAACAAGAUUCUGUGGAUUGAUGAGAAAAACCUGACAUGCCAUGCAGAGGCAGGUAUUAUCGGCCAGGACUUGGAGAGACGACUAACAGCUAAAGGCUACUGUACUGGACAUGAACCAGAUUCCAUGGAAUUCAGCUCCCUUGGAGGCUGGGUGGCAACACGGGCGUCGGGUAUGAAGAAAAAUAUCUACGGAAAUAUUGAGGAUAUAAUUGUCCAUGUGACAUUUGUGACUCCUCGAGGUGUUCUGCAGAAGAGUUGCCAAGUGCCCAGAAUGUCAUGUGGGCCGGACCUGCAUCAUUUCAUCAUGGGAUCAGAAGGUACCCUGGGUGUUGUUACCGAGGUAACGCUCAAGAUCCGACCUCUGGCUCCUUGUAAGAAGUACGGCUCGAUAGUGUUCCCUAAUUUCGAGCAUGGCGUGCAGUGCCUUCGGGAGAUAGCUAGACAGAGAUGUGCUCCCGCUUCAAUUAGAUUGAUGGACAAUGAACAGUUCCAGUUUGGUCAUGCACUGAAGCCAGAAGUGAAUUCCAUUAUAAGCAGUUUUGUGGAUGGCCUCAAGAAGCUGUACAUUACGAAGCUGAAGGGCUUCGACCCACACCACCUUAGUGUGGCCACACUAUUGUUUGAGGGAACCAAGGAGGAAGUUGCUGCUCAAGAGAAGAGGGUAUAUGAAAUAGCCAAUAAAUAUCGGGGUAUACCAGGAGGUGCAGACAAUGGAGAGAGAGGGUACAUGCUCACGUUCGUCAUAGCCUAUCUUAGGGAUCUUGGAUUUGAAUAUUACAUCGUAGCAGAAUCCUUUGAAACAUCUGUUCCUUGGGAUAGGUGUCUGGAUCUGUGCCAGAAUGUUAAGGAACGUCUGCAUCGCGAGUGUAAGGACAGGCGGAUACAGUUCCCCCCAUACAUCACUUGUAGAGUAACGCAGUUGUACGAUGCAGGAGCCUGUGUGUAUUUCUACUUUGGCUUCAACUACAGAGGAAUAUCCAACCCUGUGGAAGUGUACGAGAGCAUUGAGGCCUGUGCUCGAGAUGAGAUUCUGGCAAAUGGUGGCAGCAUAUCACAUCACCAUGGAGUUGGUAAACUGCGGAAACGCUGGCUGAAGGAGACCGUGAGUGAGGUCGGUGUUGGGACUCUGAGAGCAGUCAAGGAGUACAUAGACCCAGACAACAUAUUCAACAACAAGAAUCUGAUGAUGAAAGACUAGCACAGGAGACUAGUGCAGUGAACUAGCCAGGGGAACAAGUGCAGGGAACCAGCCAGUGGACUAGCCAGAGGACUAGCCAUAAGACUAGCCAGAGGACUAGCCCAGGGGACUAGUACAGGAGGCAGGCUGCUCUGCACUUCCUGGCAUCAUAUAUAUAUAUUCCUUUAUUAAAACAAAUAAUUCAUGGUUCAUAUUUCCCUUUGAUUAAAUAACAUAAGGGCAAUGCAUCCUGUGAUUUCCCCAGUGAAACUUGUGAUGGUGGAUACAGCAGGGCUGUAAUAACACAGGUGAUGACAGACAGAUAUUAGAUCUUCCUUGUUAGCUUGCAUUACAAUGCAAGAUAACACAGGCUGCAGUAUUUCAUUCUGUGUUCUGUGCAGUAUUCCAAUACUAAUGUCUUUGCUGUAUUCUAAUACCGUGUUCUGUUCUUUAUUCCAACACUGUUUUCUGUUCAGUAUUCGGCUGGUGGGGUAGCCUAGUGGUUAAAGCGUUCGCUCGUCACGCCGAAGGCUCGGGUUCGAUUCCCCACAUGGGUACAAUGAGUGAAGCCCAUUUCUGGUUAUAGCGUUCGCUCGUCACGCCGAAGG